AUGGGUUGCCUGGCGAACGCAUACUUUUACAUUUCGUUGGGGUAUAAUGUCGUUCUGCAGAGGUUGAUAAAAAUUCCGUGGUACAACAGGGUAGAUGAUGUCGUCAUACUUGGUGCUUUGCCAUUCAGAUCCUAUAAUCAUGAGCUUGUAAAUGAAGGAGUCAAGGGUGUUGUCACUGCACUUGAACCACAUGAAACAAAAUAUUGGUUUAACACAAAAGAAGAAUGGAGAUCAAUUGGAAUCGAACAGUUGGUGCUCAGCACUCCAGAUUGGUUUUCGGUUCCUAGUGAUCAACAAAUUAAAGAAGGUGUUGAUUUCAUAUUAAAAUUUAAAGAUAGAAAACCACCCAAGUCUGUUUACGUUCACUGCAAAGCUGGUCGAUCAAGAAGUGCUACAAUUGUUGCUUGCUAUCUUAUAAAUAUACACAAUUACACACCCGAAGAAGCAGUGAACAAGUUGAGAGAGAUCAGACCUCGGGUUCGAAUACUACCUCGCCAUAUGAACGCUAUUGAAAGAUAUCAUAAAAAUUAUAUUAUUUCACCUAUCACUAAUAGCAUUAAGAAUUUAAUGAAAGAAUAA